CGACGCCGCUCUCUCCCGUCGCCAACUCUCAGUACGCUCCCCGACCCCAAGUACCGACACAAUGGCCGAAAAGACGCAAAGCAGGUCCGUCGACCAUGCCGAAUAUGGGACCUACAGACCCGACAUCCCCCUCAUCGAGGCCGCCGCGGCCAUGAGCGAGGAGGAGAACAAGCUUCCUCGCAAAGAACUCUUUAAGCGCUACUGGCCGGCUGCCACAUACAGCAUGCUCCUCAGUCUGGCUCUCGUCAUGGAGGGCAUGGAUGUUGGCCUCAUCAACAACUUCUUCGCUCAACCUUCCUACCGAAGGAAGUUUGGUACGGAAGUCUCCCCAGGCGUAUACCGCGUCUCGGCAUCGUGGCAGGCCGCCAUCGGCAACGGCAACAACUUGGGCAGCAUCAUCGGUCUCUUGCUCAACGGAUGGCUACAGUCCCGUUUUGGCUCUCGCAAGGUGUAUAUGGGAGCCAUGGCCGCCAUGGGCGCCACAAUUUUCACACUGUUCUUCGCCGUCAACGUCCAGAUGCUUUUUGCUGCCAACAUCCUGUGUGGUAUCCCCUGGGGUAUCUUCCAGACCCUCACCACCGCCUACGCCGCCGAGAUUUGCCCCGCUGCCAUGCGUGGAUACCUCACCGCCUGGGUAUCUAUGUGCUGGGGUGCCGGCUCAUUCCUGGCCACUGUCAUUCUUCGUGCCUCCCUUAGCCUUAAGGGUGACCUCGGCUGGAAGAUCCCAUACGCAAUGCAGUGGGUUUGGAUCGUUCCCCUGUUCAUCGUUGGCUUUGUUGCCCCCGAGAGCCCUUGGUACCUCGUCCGCUUGGGUCGCAUUGACGAUGCCGAGAAGUCUCUCCGCCGCCUGGCGCGCAAGAACCACUACACCGACCAGUCCAUGGCCGAGACUUUGGCUUUGAUGAAGCACACCAACGAAAUGGAGAAGAUUGAGGCUGCGGGCGCUACAUACAAGGAUUGUUUCCACGGAACCAACCUGCGCCGAACCGGUAUCGUCUGCAUGGCCUGGAUCAUUCAGAUUCUCAACGGUCAAUCUAUCUGCUCUUACGCUGCCAUCUUUCUUCAAACAGCCGGCAUGAGUGUUGACCAGUCCUUCAACUUCAACAUGGGCAUCCAAUCCGUCAACAUCUUCAGCACGGCGAUCGCCAUUGUCUUGAUGGGAACCAUCGGACGCCGCAUCUUCUUUUUCUUCGGAUCUUCCUUCAUCGGAUUUCUCAUGUUAAUCAUCGGUAUUCUUGGGUCGGUACCCGCUGCGAAAAGCAGCGUCGCCCUCGGUGUAGGCGUCAUCAUGAUCCUCACCAACAUGACCUUCAAGGUGUCGCUGGGUCCGACGACCUACACUAUUGUGGGAGAGACUUCUUCCAGUCGUGUCCGUGCUCAGACCAUCGUCCUCGGUCGUGCCGUCUACGUCGUGGGUCAGAUCGUCAUCCAGCAGCUCAACCCGCGCAUGCUGAACGAAGCGUCCGCUGGAGGCUGGGGCUGGGGCGCCAAGUCUGGUUUCUUGUACUUCGGACUGUGCUGUGUCUGGGCCGUCUGGAUCUUCUUCUGCCUGCCCGAGACCAAGAACCGCACCUUUGCUGAGCUGGACUACUUGUUCCAGAAGAGGGUUCCUGCCCGUCAGUUCAGCACUCACCCCGUUGACCUUUUCGAACUCACCGGAGGCGAAGGCACCAAGAAGCUUGACGACGAGCACCUGGAGAAGAAUGUCAGCGAGAUCCGAGAGGAAAGGCACGCUUGAAAGUGUUGGCUCGGAUGGAAAUGAGGUGCUGGUGGUAUUGAGAAAAGAACAAUACAACCGAUAUUUUACAUGCAGCCUAAGUUGAAGACAGCUGCUUCAAGAUGAAAUAAGUGUUUUACUAGAUUUAAUGCUCCUUGAACGAUGUGAUACCU